UACUCCUUUAAUGUAGAUUGCCUCUAAAUCUGGUCUGCUCUCUGCUUUAAAUAUACAUUAAAUCAAUCAAAACAAACAUGUUUAAACAUUUUACAAACAAGGGAUAUUUUUAAUAGAAAAGAUAGAGAUAUUUCCAAGAGAAAAUAAACUUCAAUAAUAUAUAUAUAUAUAUACAUAUACAUACAUACAUUAUAAUAAUCAAUUUAUCUUGAAGCUAGUGAAAAAAAAGAACCAAAAUUGAUAAAUUAAGUCAGUUUUUUUCACAAUAAUUAUAUUAUCGAGAAAAGGAAAUAAGAGAUGGAUGAUAAUAAUUCCAAUGAUGAUGACAAUGAUUUCCACGUAGGAUCAUCUAUGCUAGAGAGUCAACAAUUCAAUGAUAUCGAACGCGAUACAAUGAAAGGAGAUACUGUUGGAGAUACUGUUUACAGUUCUAAAUGGAUAAUCAAUACUCUCAUUUCAUUGUCUAAGGUACAAGAAGACGGCUGGUCUAAUGACUUGGAAGAAUCCUUAUGUAUGUUGUGGGACAUGACCGGAGAAAAGGACAUUGUCAAAUUUCUGUUAGAGAAUGAUUUUCUAAAAAUGGCAGAAUUCACAUUGAAAGUGUCUGGAGAGCCAAGAUUAAUGGAAAUAAUUUUUGGUAUCCUGGGAAAUAUGUGUUGUAAUAGCGAAGUACUAGAGAAUCUCGAGAACAAAACAGAAUUAAUUGAAAUAAUUUUUUGUUCUCUAAAUACUAACGAUUCCGAGACACUUGUUCAAAUAAUACGAAUAUUACAAACUUUCACCUGGAGUAUUAAACAAAAUUCAAAUUCAAUUUGGCUGACAAAAUUAAAAGACUGUGAAUUUCUUGGCGAGUCGUUAAUUUUUUUUCUCAACAGUUCAACGAAAGACGAUCUAUUAAUGGCUGUCUUGGAAUUUGUUGGCUCAAUAGCGCAAUUAGAAUCUAAUGCCCUCAGGGAUUUGUUUAUUCUCGAUAAUUUAAUUGUUGGCCUAUUGGAAUCUUUCUCGCAAAUAAUGCAAGGCCCAAAUGAAAGUCAUUCAACGGUGAAAUUAAAGGCAAUUGAUAAUUGGCUAACAAUAAUAACAAAAAUAACCAAAAUGGAACUAUUACAUUUCUCCGAUGAUGAUGUUGAUGGGAAUUUUCAAAAAUUCACCGAAAUAUUGUGGAAAAUUUUACGUCCCUUCAUUCAUUCAGUUAAUUUAAUUCCAUUGGAUGAUCAAAUUUUUCACUGCAUUCAACGUACUGUUAAUAUUGUACUAAGUUGUCAAAAAAAUGAAUUUCAAGUUGGCUCCGAAAUAAUAUUGGUCAUUCUUCAAAUAAUGAAUGUUUUACAUUCGGCCAUGGAAACUUUUCAAAGUGAAAUAGACAAAGAUCCAGAGAAUGCGUUAAAAUUACUUUUCAAUUAUUUGAUUAAUUAUUGGAUGGAAAUUUUGGAAAUACUUAACAUUGAGGAACUUUCCAUUGUUCUUCGACUUUGUGAUAAAGAAACUGUGAAUAAUUUGAUGAAUAUAACUAAACUUAAAACAUCGAAAGAUAAAAUGAAUAAACUUGAAGAAAUUCUUUCCUGUUUAAGUUUGUAAUAAUUAUGUGUUGAAAUAUUUUAAUAGCUAGUGUUUUAAAGGACUGAUGAUAGCGAACAAAAAAAAAACUGUGUACAAAUAAUUUGUUUCUUUUUUUAUCAGAAAAAUGAAUAAAAACAUUUUAUUAUUUUUA